AUGCCGACGUCACCAAUGACCACACAGUUUGUCCCGAUCGCCAGUGACGAGGAGACGGACAUGUUCAAGCUGGUCAACUUCGUCAUUCUGUGUGGUCUGCUCAGUCCCUUCGGCGUCAUCACCAACGUCAUCAACAUCGUAGUCUUUGUGAAGCUAGGGUUCCACGACAGCAUGAAUAUUAGUCUCAUGGGCCUGGCCGUGUCUGACCUGGUGUCCCUGGUGUCCAUGCUGUUCAUCAGUCUCUGCUACAAUCCGCUCUUCGCCAACACCGGCCUGCCCUUCGACCCCCUGGACGUUCUGUACAUGGUGGGGGGCGGGGUCCAUGUUUGUUUUGCCAGGCUGGUCGAUGUAUUGCAUUCUGAUCGACCUUUCCGCAGAAUCACAAGUCUGAUUACCGCUUUCAUCACGUUCGAGAGAUGCCUGUGUAUCGCCAUGCCCCUCAAGGUCAAGUUGAUCAUCACCCCGAAAAGAACCAAGCUCAUCAACCUCUCCAUCUUUGCUGUCAUGUUUAUCGUCUUCUCACCCUUCUACUUCGUCAACAAACUUGUCUGGUCUUUCGACGCGGACCGGAAUACUACAAUACUCAUACACGCGUAUACAGACGACAGAGUAAUUGUGGAAACGGUUACGUUUUUGAUCCACGGUGUCAUUUUCUCCGUAUUUUGUUUUGUGCUCGUCAUUUGUUGUACCGUAAUUCUCGUGGUUAAACUCAACAGUAAAACUAAAUGGCGGGAAGCCACAGCUGCCAAGGGCGUUAAUCCACCGGGAGGAUUAGGGGUCAAGGAUAAAAGGGUCGUGAAAAUGGUGACCUUCAUCUCGUUUAUCUUUAUCGUCUGCUUUUUCCCCGCAACGGCAAUACUUAUGGCUUUGGCUCUGGUGCCAGACCUGGCUUUCGGCGCGAAAUAUGAAAAUAUGUGGUUUGUCGUAUGGUCUGUUUCCUGUCUAACAGAAACUGUCAAUUCCAGCGUGAACAUAUUUGUCUACCUGCGAAUGAGUUCGAAAUUCAGAUAUGUGUUUAUGAAAACUUUCCUGAACAAGGAAGAAAAAAAAGUCAGUCGCAGUUCUCAGUGA